AGUGUCUCCGCCAUGCUGUGUCUGCUGGAGAAAAGGCUGACUGUUCUGGAAGAGCAGUUUUUCAAAAAAAAACUGAACUGGGCCCCAAAAUUUAAAAAGGGAGAAAGUUUCCAGGGGGUAAGACACGGACUUUAAACGUUUGCAGUUGCAGUACUCAGAGGGGGAGGGGUUGAAACCCAACCCCAAAAUGGAAGCGGGGAGAAGCACUGCCUGUACCACAUCAAUUUCCUCGGAUCCUGCAGUACCCAUACUUUUAAAAAAACCGUACCCAAAGGGGCCCGGGAUGAGUUUGUGCCAGGGGAGGUGGAAUUCCCAGGAUAUAAUCCUCCCCUGUACCAUGCAGAGAGGGUAUGACCGUGGGGAGUAUGACCCCAUAACUGAGAUGGAGCAGAAGAGCCGUAAGUACAAUGUUAUAGAUGGCCUCUAUGACUUCCGCAGCUGCUGUGGCAUCUAUACAGUCAAGGAUGGUUUGCCCUUAAACCCAAAGGGACGAACUGGACUGAGAGGAAUCGGGAGUUUGCGUUGGUUUGGGCCAAACCAUUCUUUGCAUCCUGUACUUACACGGUGGAGCACCGGCUCAGCCAGCGGCCCCAACCAGACAGCAUCCAAGAAUAUUCUGGAAGUUCUGGUAGUGAGGUGGAAAGGAAACGAGCUUUGGUCAUUACCGGGGGGCAUGCUGGAUCCUGGACAGAAGGUUCCCAUUAGGUUCAAGAAACUGCUAGAGCAUACAGACCUGAGUGAAUUUCUGGCAUUGCUGGACUCUGGGACAAAGGUCUUCCGCGGGUACCUGGAUGAUCCUCGAAAUACAGACAAUGCCUGGAUAGAGACUCUUGCUGUCAACAUCCACCUGGACACAAAGGAGAAUUUGGACAAACUCUUGCAGAACCUUAAAAAAUCAGAUAAAAACAUAACACUGCGGUGGCAACUCCUGGAGCAAAAGAUUCCUCUUUUACGCCAACGAGAAGGAGAUUCUCCAGAGGACAGCCGAGCACCUCCAUGCUCAUUAUUA